GAAGAGAAACGCAAGACACCGAAACCCAUAGAACCUAAAACAAGUUUGUUCUUCUCCAUUAAUAUUAUAAAGGGAUUUUAUAUGUGUUCACUGAAAAGUUAUUUCGUGCUGAUUAUAGCGCGACAGAUGUGCGCUAAAAUCGGCCAGGUUUAAAGUAGUUGGGGAGUUUUGUUUUUUUAACAUGUCGAUCCAGUACGAGACAACGCUGGCGGACAGCUACGGGGUGGCGGACUCGUUUCCCAAAGAUUUCGGCUAUGGAGAAGAGGAUGGCGACAUCGAGGACAGCCCUACACCCUCCGAUAGCAAACCGAGAAUGCUGCUCAUGGGUUUGCGGAGGAGCGGAAAGUCGUCUAUCCAGAAGGUGGUGUUUCAUAAGAUGUCCCCCAAUGAGACCCUCUUUCUAGAGAGCACCAACAAGAUCUAUAAAGAUGACAUCUCCAGCAGCUCCUUUGUCAACUUCCAGAUCUGGGACUUCCCUGGACAAGUGGACUUUUUCGAUCCCACCUUUGACUAUGAGAUGAUUUUUAGAGGAACCGGGGCCUUGAUAUUUGUCAUCGAUGCACAGGAUGACUAUGUAGAGGCCCUCAGUCGACUCCACUUAACAGUGUCACGGGCCUACAGGGUCAACCCUGAGAUUAAUUUCGAAGUGUACAUCCAUAAAGUGGACGGUCUGUCUGACGACCACAAGAUUGAGACCCAAAGGGACAUACACCAGAGGGCUAAUGAUGACCUGGCCGAUGCCAGUUUAGAGAAACUACAUCUCAGUUUCUAUUUGACUAGUAUCUAUGAUCACUCCAUCUUCGAGGCCUUCAGUAAAGUGGUGCAGAAGCUCAUCCCUCAGCUUCCCACGCUGGAGAACCUUCUCAACAUUUUUAUAUCUAAUUCAGGGAUCGAGAAGGCCUUCCUGUUUGAUGUUGUCAGUAAGAUUUACAUCGCCACCGACAGCUCACCGGUGGACAUGCAGUCCUACGAGCUCUGCUGUGACAUGAUCGAUGUGGUCAUCGACGUCUCCUGUAUUUAUGGAUUAAAGGAGGAUGGCAGUAACAGUGCGUAUGAUAAGGAGUCUAUGGCUAUCAUCAAACUCAACAACACCACAGUGCUCUACCUGAAAGAGGUCACCAAGUUCCUCGCCCUGGUCUGCAUCCUGAGAGAAGAGAGCUUUGAGCGCAAAGGACUAAUAGACUACAAUUUCCACUGUUUCCGGAAAGCCAUUCAUGAGGUGUUUGAGGUGGGCAUGUCCACCCCAAGGACAAGCAACCGGCCAACUGGCACCCCUCUUAUGAAGACUGUUGCCUUAAAUGGCACCCCAAGGAGCACUGUGUAGAACGAUAGAGACAAAGAAAAUGAAGAAUUGAGUCGAGGAUGAGAGGAUUUCUGAGUAUACCAACCAUCAUUUCUGCUCCGAAAAUCUUUAUAAGCAAAAGACUUGAAAGUCACUGAAGUAAACUUGCUGCAGUGGGCGGAGGCUGAUGCUCAAAUGUAAUGUGGGUAAGCUUGCAAAGCUGCAGAAGGGAAAAGGCACAAAAGAUGAUGGAACAGUUUUUUGUGACUUAAAGUCAUUAACAAACUGUUCCUCAAUAUGAAAAUAAAAGACAGCAAACAAGCAACAAAGUGCAAGUCACUGAGAGAAAAAAAAAAAAAAAAAAAAGCGCAGCAAGAAACCUCUCAACCCAUCUGGCUAGAACUGCCUGGCAGAAUCUGGAUGAAUGCUGUAUGAUAUACUGCUGGUCACUUUAACAGUAGCCAACUUUAAAAUGCAUAUGUGGUUUACUCAAGUGAAUGUGGAAUAAUUUGUGGUGCACCAAUUUGAAGACAACUUUGGUUGAACGUACACCAACACUUCUGAAGCCUUAUGCAGUGGAGGCCUGCCUGAUGCAAACCCCUACUCCACACGCACACUCAGUCACCAAACUGCGCCUGUAUUGUGUUUGAAAAGUUAACUAAAGUGAUUGAAAAGGGAUUGAAAUGUGGUUUUGAGUAUGUCUUUUGGUUGUGGUAGUGGAGACUCUGUGUGUGUGCAUGCAUGUAAAUGUAUAUGCAUUGGAGAGAAUGGGUGAGUGUGGCUGUACUUGCAUGCACAGGUUCAUGAAUGGGGCCUAGAUGGUGUUAUGUCACAUGAAGAAAGUGCUAAUGACUCUGAAGAUAAAGAAAGAGUUGUACCGUUCCAUUCGACCUCUGGGACACUGUGAUUGCACUUACCUCAGAGGAUGUCAGGGAUACUAACUAAUGAAAUUUAAACUGCUAUGCUGGUCAGUACUGUUGCUUUCCAGUUCAGUUAUAUGGCAUAUUUGGCAUGUAGCUCAUGCAAUCUGAGGACUUUGUAGGGUGAAGUUCAAUUACUUACAUUCCGGUUCUGUGGUGCCAGUACAGUUUUGCUCUGAUUAAAACUCUAAUCUUUGCUUUUACUCCUCAAAUCACGAAUCAGCUUGUUGUUUUGAAUUUAAGAAAAUGUGCUGUAAAAUAAAGGAUAGCUGAUGUGACGGGACAUUGAAUCCGUUAAAUCCAUUCCAAGCAUGUCUAUAGAGAUGCUUUAUAUUGUCUGCAAACAGCUGAACCUUUCUAAUUUUGUGGAUGGUGGAUAAAAGCACUACCUAAAUGAGAUGGCAAGUGGGAUAGAACACAAACGUAUGUGCCAUUUAAUGAUUAUCGGAAGACAUCUUUGUUGCUUGCUUGAUCUUCAAGCUUGCUUGUGACUACAUAUAGUACAAAAAGUAUGUAUGUCUUGAGUUUUUGCCAAAGGUGUCACCCUUCACAAGAAAUAAACAUAUACACACACCGGAAA